AUGAGAGAUCCCCGGGUAUCCAAGCGGAGAAGAGUCUCCGAGGAUGAAGACGGUGAUGUCGCCAUGGGAAGUGAAGAAGAUGAUGUCUACUCCGUGCCCUCAUCUUCUGAUGCAGAACCAGACUCCGAAGAGGACCAAGAAUACCGUGGCCCCCGAUCAACGGCAUCCCGACGACAAUCGACCCGAAGAAAAAGUGUACAAGUACCCGAAGGACUCAGAAUGGAUGGCGAAGUCAAUGCGCCGGCUGCAGAGACUCCGAGGAGCAUACGGGCCAGUGGGCGGCAGCGCAAAGCGCCCCAGCGAUUCGAAGGGGAGCAGACACCGACUUCGACGCGGAGGGCGGCUGCCACGACUCGCAGUACACGUGGCGCAAGAAAUACCCCGAAGGCAAGACAGAAGUCUGUGGAGGAUGUGGAUAUGGACGUUGAUGAGAAAUCGCCCAAGCCACUUGCAAGGACGAGAUCGAGACGGGCAGCCAAACCCAAGUCAAAUGGUACCAGCGCUGGAGUGGUGAAUGAGGAUCAAUCAGAUGAACCAGAGACAUUUAAUGAUGGCCUUGAUGAUCUUCUCGCGCUGCAGCUCCAACAAGGCUUGCACCAAGGCCAGUCGGUGGAGGAAAGUGUGGAGAUGGCAGAGCCCCUUCCCGAGUAUGUGGAAGCUGUGCAGAAUCUCUGCCAGGGACUUGAUAGAGAGCUCCGCGUCCUUACAAAUUUCGUUCUCGAGAAGCUUACUGGCAAGCGACAGAUCCCACUCAAGGGAGUCGAAAGCGAAUAUAACAAGGUCAACCACUUGAUUGAGCAGACAGUUACCAUUGGUGAAGGUAACUCGAUGCUUCUUCUGGGAUCACGGGGCUCGGGAAAGACAGCGAUGGUCGAGACGAUCAUUUCAUCUCUUGCAAAGAAUCACGGGGAUGACUUCCACGUUGUUCGUCUGAACGGUUUUCUCCACACAGAUGACCGUCUAGCUCUUCGAGAGAUGUGGCGUCAGCUUGGUCGUGAGACCAACACUGAGGACGACACUCUUAAGAUCAACUCUUAUGCCGAUACAAUGGCAACCCUCUUAGCUCUACUCUCUCACCCCGAGGAGUUAUUCGGGACCUCUACCAACAAAAACGGGGUGACGGCUGCCAAGUCUAUCAUCAUUCUUCUUGAUGAGUUCGACCUAUUCGUCACUCAUCCCCGACAGACUUUGCUCUACAACCUGUUCGAUAUUGCGCAGGCUCGAAAAGCACCAAUCGCGGUGCUUGGACUUACCACCAAAGUUGACGUGACUGAGAUGCUGGAGAAACGGGUCAAGAGUCGAUUCAGUCACCGAUAUGUAUAUCUUCCACUUCCUAGAACGUAUGAAACUUUCUCGGAAAUCUGUAUGGCAAGUCUGGAUCUCGAUGAAAAUGAAGCCCUACAGCUUACAGAAGCACUUGGCUCUGAGCGUGCUAUUCUGGAAACGACAGGCUGGAAAACUCUACUAGAUGGCUGGAAAGUAUAUUUAAAGCACAUGUGGGAGGACAAGGACUUCCAAUUCCACCUCAAGCGAAUCUACAACCAAACCAAAUCCGUAAAGGACUUUCUAACGAGCGCACUGCUGCCAAUCAGUGAACUGAACCUCAGCACACAAGCAGCCGACAAGCCUGCCAUGCAAAUUCCGAUCCCAAAGAGUUUCACCUCUCAAUCUCUUUCAUGUGCAGACCCUGCACCCCUCCCAUUCUCCGCAUCUAUAGCCUCAUCCUCGAGCCCUUCAUCGCUACCACUGGCCUUGCUACUUGCCGCAACCCGUCUGGCAGCGCUUUUUGACCCAGGGCUUGACGGUCCCCAGUCCCAGAGCAUCGCACCACUCGCACUAUCAUUCCCAGCUGCCUAUGCUGAAUACGUGCGGUUACUCACAUCCGCCAAAACAUCCGCCUCCAUAUCCGGUGCUGCAGCUACACCUGGUCGAGUUUGGGGCCGCGACGUGGCGCGCGAGUCUUGGGAGAAGUUGGUUAAUUGGGCACUUGUCACGCCUGUGGGUGGAGGAAAUGGCACUGCCGAUGGACAGAUGUUCCGUGUGGAGAUCAGUUUCGAGGAAGUAGUCGAGAUGGCUGGUUCAAGUAGUUCUCUUGGCCAAUGGUGGAGAGAUGGUUGA